AUGGGCGUUGAGUACGGAGGUUUGGGUCGGGGGUUUUAUAUUCUCACUGACUCACGCGACACCACCGGGAGCGAAGGAGAUCUGCGGGGGUGUCCAGAGACUCCUCCAUCUUUUGUAGCACCGGGUACUCGAGCCUCUGACCGUAUUGAGAGGCUGGAGACCGAUGUUAGAGAGAUUCGGACUGAGAUCGCGGAGCUCCGGGCUUUGCAGUCAGCUCAGCACACAGAUCUUAUGGCCCGAUUCGAAUUCCUUCGGGAUGUCCUGAGACCCAGAUCCUCAGGUGAUGAACUUAGAAUAACUAUAUGGGAAUCAUGUUUUCCUCAACUCAAUGAUCAUGAUUUGUUACAAAUGCAAUCAAGACCUAUACUUAUCAUUGCUGGCACUGUUGUUCGAACAUACCAAGGAACCGUAUAUUUGGCUUCUACAUCAGCAACCCAAAUCUAUGUGAAUUUAGAUUUACCGGAGACAAAAGCUAUCAAAGAACAGGGAGGACUUGAAAAUCAACAAGUACAGUUGUUGUCUAUACAGAAUCAAGAAGCCACUUUACAACAAAAAAUCUCAUACGCUGAGUAUGCAACAAUUGAUCAAUUAUUGAAAUUUGACCCAACAAUGAUUGGUGUAACUAUGUUUAAAUGUGAUGUAUGGGUUGAGAAAAUUGACAUAUCUAAUGGUUGGUUUUACAACUCUUGCAAUGUUUGCAACAAACGACUUGCCGAGUCAGGAUAUAAUUAUUCUUGCUAUAAGCACGGACCUAAUACUCCCAGGGUGGUGAUGAGAUUACCGAUGAUUGUGAGAGAUGAAACUGGAGAAAUGGAAAUAACCGCCUUUGAUAAACAUGCAGAAUCAAUGACGAACAUAAAGCUUGAUUUGUUAUUGACAACAAAAAAUAUCUCAAAAACAAAAGUGCCUAUAGAAAUUCAUAGUAUCAUUAAUAAGAAAUUUAGUUUAACUGUUGGUCUCUCACAACAAACAAUUAAAGAUGAUGUGCUUACCUACAUAAUUUACGAUGCAAAGCAUAUUAUUUUACAUGGAGAAAGUUCGAAGGGGAAAAAACCUGUACAAUUAGCAAUAGAAGGACCAACUGAGCAAUCCACAUCAAAAAUUGAUGAAAUGAGUGACAAACAUAAAGUAAGUGAACUACUAGAAUCGUCAUCAAAGAUUGAAGGUCCUUCAGAUCUAAGCAUGGAAGCCCCAACAACAAAGAAACAAAGAAACACACCUAAGCAAGAGAAGAAAAAUCACAAAAAUGGAUAA